AUGGAGGUGGAGACAGUGGAGCUUCAUAAGCUGAAGCUUACUGAGCUGAAACAGGAAUGUCUUGCAAGAUGUUUGGAGAUCAAAAGAAUUAAACAAGAUCUCAUCAAUAGACUCCAGGCUUAUCUUGAAGAACAUGCUGAAGAGGAGGCCAAUGAAGAGGAUGUUCUGGGAGAUGAAACAGAGGAAUAUGAACCAAAGCCAGUGGAAGUGCCUGUCAAAGAGGAGGAACCUCCUGAGAAAACUACUGAUGUGGCAGCAGAGAAGAAGGUAGUGAAAAUCACAUCUGAAAUACCACAGACUGAUAGGAUGCAGAAAUGAGCCAACUGAUUCAAUGUACCUGUGAGUUUAGAGAGCAAGAAAGCUGCCCAUGUGGUGGUUGGCAUUUCUUCAGUUCCAGCCAAAGGUCUAUCAUCAGACACCAAACCUAUAGUAAACGUGGACAAAUUAAAGGAAAGGGCUCAAAGAUUUGAUUUGAAUGUCUCCUCAGUCUCCAAGAAGAGUGAGGAUGAUGAGAAGCUGAAAAAGAGGAAGGAGCAAUUUGGGAUUAUCACAAGUUCAGCUGGGACUGGAACCACAGAGGACACAGAGGCAAAGAAGAGGAAAAGAGCAGAACGAUUUGGUAUUGCCUGUUGAAAGUUUUUUUUUCUG